CACAGAUCGUCGGGAUCCAAGAUGGCUUCUAAAUACUGUUUCUUGUUACUUGCUAUCGUUUCUGCCGCACGCUGCAACCCACUGGGUCAGACUACAGUAUGCGAAACAGCGCCGAAUCUCCUACCAGUCAUGCCAGGAUAUGGAGCAACUACCGUCUGUGAGACCGCCCCUAAUGUUCUAGGCCUGGGGUACCCAGGUCUAGGCUUGGGUCUGCCGUUAUCUGGCCUCGGAGCAUCUACAACGGUUUGCGAGACAGCACCUAACGUGCUCGGUCAUGGGGGGUUAGGUCUUGGGUUGGGGGGAAUGGGGGGUUAUCUACCAGGUAUAGGCAUGGGUUAUCCUUAUAACGGAUUGGGUGCAACAACAGUCUGUGAUACAGUGCCUAAUGCCUUAGGUCUAGGUUACCCCCACGGUUUGGGUGGUCUCGGCGUGGGGCCUCUUGGACUUGGCGCCGGUCUCGGAUCCACAACUGUCUGCGAGAGCGCGCCGAACGUAGUCGGUUAUGGGGGUUACCCCGUCGGUUAUCCGUUUGGGGGUAUGGGGGCGGUUGGGGGUCUGUCCCCCCUGAAUGCCCUAGGGUCUACGACGGUCUGUGACACCGCCCCCAACUGGGGUCUCCCCCUUGGUAGAGCUUUUUUAUAA